UAGUAUUGCAGCCAACCCCCUCCCCUUGCAAGGGGGAAAGGGUGGGGACGAGUCUGGGUGGGUGCAUUUAAACUAAUGCACCUCCCCCCCCUUCAAUCUGCAUGGAUCUCCGACGGCAAUGGUUGAAGCUGGCCUAUGCAACGCUGGGAGUGGCGUUCGGUCUCUCGGCCUUCCUCUGCUGGACGCUGGCCUUCAAUCAGCCGGCCACGGCCGCCUUCGGGGGCCUGUCGGGUGUGCUAGCCCUCUGGACCCUGGUGACUCACCUGAUGUACGGGCAGGACCUCUGGAGAACGUGGCUGCAAGGACUCAGAUGUUUCCGAGCUGUGGGUGUGGUCUUCUCACUGGUGGCCGUGGCUGGAGCAGUGACAUUCAUCUCCCUGGCCAUCACACAGAGACAGAGUUUUAUAGAUCCUCGGAGCUAUUAUCUCACCUCCAUCUGGUGCUUCAUUACCUUAAAGUGGUCGCUAUUCUUGUCAUUCUAUUCCCAUCGAUACUGCAAGGAAUUUGACGACAUUGGUAUCCUCAUCGACUUCUGAAUCGCUCUCUUUCUCCCCCUGAUUCAGCCCUUCGAGCCAGCACCGCCAUUCAAUGUGAUCAUGGCUGAUCAUCCCCAAUCAGUACCCCGUUCCUGCCUUCUCCCCAUAUCCCCUGACUCCGCUAUCUUUAAGAGCUCUAUCUAACUCUCUCCACAGAUUCACAACUCUCUGUGUGGAAAAGUGUUUCCUCGUCUCCGUUCUAAAUGGCCGACCCCUUAUUCUUAAACUGUGUGUGUGGCCCCUGGUUCUGGACUCCCCCAACAUCGGCAACAUGUUUCCUGCCUCUAGCGUGUCCAAUCCCUUAAUAAUCUUAUAUGUUUCAAUGAGAUACCCUCUCAUCCUUCUAAACUCCAGAGUGUACAAGCCCAGCCGCUCCAUUCUCUCAGCAUAUGACAGUCCCGCCAUCCCAGGAAUUAACCUGGUGAACCUACGCUGGGCUCCCUCAUUAGCAAGAAUGUCCUUCCUCAAAUUAGGGGACCAAAACUGCACACAAUACUCCAGGUGUGGUCUCACCAGGGCCCUGUACAACUGUAAAAGGACCUCUUUGCUCCUGUACUCAACUCCUCUUGUUAUGAAGGCCAACUCUCUGGGUGGAAAAGUAUUUCAUCGUGUCCGUUCUAAAUGGCCGACCCCUUAUUCUUAAAACUGUGGCCCCUGGUUCUGGACUCCCCCAACAUCGGCAACAUGUUUCCUGCCUCUAGCUUGUCCAAUCCCUUAAUAAUCUUAUAUGUUUCAAUGAGAUACCCUCUCUUCCUUCUAAACUCCAGAGUGUACAAGCCCCCAGCCGCUCCAUUCUCUCAGCAUAUGACAGUCCCGCCAUCCCAGGAAUUAACCUGGUGAACCUACGCUGGGCUCCCUCAUUAGCAAGAAUGUCCUUCCUCAAAUUAGGGGACCAAAACUGCACACAAUACUCCAGGUGUGGUCUCACCAGGGCCCUGUACAACUGUAAAAGGACCUCUUUGCUCCUGUACUCAACUCCUCUUGUUAUGAAGGCCAACUCUCUGGGUGGAAAAGUAUUUCAUCGUGUCCGUUCUAAAUGGCCGACCCCUUAUUCUUAAACUGUGUGUGUGUGGCCCCUGGUUCUGGACUUCUCCAAUUUCAGGUAGUCCCUGCUUUCUCCUCGCUUCCCAGCUCUCCCAAAGUCUACUGUCUCCACCUCUUCCUUUCGUCAUCCCGCCUCCCCCUUCCCCCACAUCAGUCUUGACCCAAAACGUUGCCUAUUUCCUUCGCUCCAGAGAUGCUGCCUCACCCGCUGAGUUUCUCCAGCACUCUUAUCUUCAAUGUAAAAAUAAAUUAAACUUUUCACAAAAUACA